GGGCUUGUCUUUAUGGAGUUUACCUUUGACUUCGGUAGAAAUUCUUCCGGGUUUCUUUCUUUCCACAAGAUGGCAGCGUCUGAAGACGAGUUACUGCUGCCGCGGCUUCCGGAGCUCUUUGAAACAAGCAAAAAACUUCUGGAGGACGUGGAAGUAGCAACUGAACCCACCGGCUCCCGAACAAUCCAGGAUAAGGUGUCCAAAGGACUAGAACUCCUUGAGAAGGCUGUUGGAAUGUUAUCACAGCUUGAUUUGUUCAGCCGAAAUGAAGAUCUGGAAGAGAUUGCUUCCACCGACCUGAAGUACCUGAUGGUGCCAGCGUUGCAAGGAGCCCUCACCAUGAAACAAGUCAACCCCAGCAAGCGUCUAGAUCAUUUGCAGCGGGCUCGAGAACACUUCAUACAUUUCUUAACUCAAUGUCAUUGCUAUCAUGUGGCAGAGUUUCAGCUACCCCAAACCAAGACUAACUCAGCUGAAAAUAAUACUGCUAGCUCCUCCAUGGCCUAUCCAAAUCUCGUUGCUAUGGCAUCUCAAAGACAGGCUAAAAUAGAGAGAUACAAGCAGAAGAAGGAGGUGGAGCAUAGGUUGUCUGCACUGAAAUCUGCUGUGGAAAGUGGUCAAGCAGAUGAUGAGCGCGUUCGGGAAUAUCACCUCCUUCACCUUCGGAGGUGGAUUGCUGUCAGCUUAGAAGAGCUUGAGAGCAUUGACCAGGAAAUAAAGAUCCUGAAAGAAAAAGACUCUCCAAGAGAGGAACCAGCUUGUCACUCAUCUCUUCCAGAGAAGCCUCCGAUGAAACCCUUCAUCCUCACUCGGAACAAGGCACAAGCCAAAGUAUUUGGAACUGGUUAUCCAAGCCUGGCAACUAUGACGGUGAGUGACUGGUAUGAACAACAUCAAAAAUACGGAGCAUUACCCGACCAGGGAAUAGCCAAGCCGGCAUCAGCUGAUUUCCAAAGAGCAGCUCAGCAGCAGGAAGAUCAAGAGCAAAAGGAUGAGGAGAGUGAGGAGAAAGCCUUGCACAGGAUGCGAGAGUGGGACGACUGGAAGGACACCCAUCCCAGGGGCUACGGCAACCGACAGAACAUGGGCUAGUCAUGCCAGAAGGCCAAAGGACAGCAUGGUGCACACCUUCACACCAAGGACAACUUCAGGAGGGUGCAGUGAGGGCAGGCGUGUGGAGUCUUGCUUUGCAUUUGAUAGUGUCAAAUAAUUGCUUGUACCCUAGGUAAUGACCAGUGGAUUUCUGUUUGGCUUUAUUAAUCUCAUCACAGUGUAUUCUGAUGUCUUAAGUGGUCAGAAAAGAGCACCAAGAAAUGGAUCUAUAUAACCAGUGAAUUGAUUCUCUUAAAAAGAUAAUAAACCCCCCUCUAUUAUGUGGGCCUAUGUACAAA